AUGGCGACUCAGGUCAUUUCAAACCCCGGCCACGAUGACAUGAUACACGAUGCCGUCCUCGAUUACUACGGACGCCGACUCGCGACAUGUUCCUCGGACCGGACAAUCAAGAUCUUUGAAAUCGAGGGCGAGUCUCAGCGAUUGACGGAGACACUCAAGGGACACGAGGGCGCAGUGUGGUGUGUUUCCUGGGCCCACCCCAAAUACGGCAACAUCCUCGCCUCCUCGGGCUACGACGGCAAGGUCUUCAUCUGGCGGGAGCAGCAGGGCGCGUGGCAGAAGAUCUUCGACUUUGCCCUGCACAAGGCCUCGGUCAACAUCGUCUCGUGGUCGCCCCACGAGUCCGGCUGCCUGCUGGCCUGCGCCUCCUCGGACGGCAACGUCUCGGUUCUCGAGUUCAAGGACAACAGCUUCGAGCACAACACCUUCCCCGCCCACGGCCUGGGCGUCAACUCCGUCUCCUGGGCGCCGGCCACCACCCCAGGCUCCAUCGUGUCGAGCGCCCCCGGCCCCGGCGCCACGGGCAACCGCCGCUUCGUCUCUGGCGGCUGCGAUAACCUCCUCAAGAUCUGGGUCUUCGACCCCGCCAACAACAGCUACAAGCCCGAGCGGGAGCCGCUCUCGGGCCACACGGACUGGGUCAGGGACGUGGCGUGGAGCCCCACGGUGCUGCAGAAGAGCUACAUUGCGAGCGCGUCGCAGGACAAGACGGUGCGCAUCUGGACGUCGGACCCCGCGAGCCCCGGCCAGUGGAACUCCAAGGUGCUCAGCUUCGACGCCCCCGUCUGGCGCGUGAGCUGGUCCCUCAGCGGAAACGUCCUCGCUGUUAGUGGAAGCGACAACAAGGUCACGCUGUGGAAGGAGAACCUGCGGGGCGAGUGGGACAUUGUGAAGACACUCGAGGAGUGA